AUGGCAGAUUUAGAAGCAAAAUUAUUAUAUUCUGAUACAGCUGGUUAUUGUAGCAGUAGUGAUGAAGACAGUAUGAAAGUUGACAAGGUUGAUAGCACUUUGCAGAGGUGUUAUAACGAAGGCACGGCAACAAAACAGCUAGUACCAAGAAAUCAUUCGAAUACAGGACCGAAAGGUGUACUAGAGGAUUAUAAGAUUCGUAAGGCACAGCUUAAGGAAGAGGAGUCGAAGAGAUAUGAAGAGAUUAUUGCUCGCGCCAAAAUGUGCACUUUGUCAGGAGAGUCAGAAAAUUGCAACCUGGAAGAUAUUCGAAGAAAAAGAUUAUUGGAAAUGAAGGAUCGUUUAUAUGCUUUAAGGAAGAUAGAUGAAUUAACAGACAAGGAGCAAUUUCUAAAUUACAUCGAAUCAAGUCAAGAUAGAUGGGUUCUAAUUCAUAUUUACGACGAUGAUAAUGAGGGUUGUAUGACGCUAAAUAAAGUUUUCAAUACGUUAGCCGUCCGACAUCCAACUUUCAAACUAGGCAAAGUGUUACCAUCGACGAUUGGAUUGUCGUCACAGUUUAAGAUGCAGGCUCUUCCUACACUGCAAGUUUAUCGGAAUGAGUUGUUGGUAGGUAAUUUUAUACGCAUAACGGAUCAGCUUGGCGAGAAUUUUACGGCGGAUCAGUUAAUUCAUUUUCUAAGCGAGAAUGAUAUCGAGCUAGAGUUAUCCAAAUAUCCAGUAUAUGAAGGAGAUUACUACGGCGACGAAGAUACUCAGCGUUGA